AUGCCUGAUCCAGAUUCUGAUUUUUCGAAAGCUACAGAAAAUAACGAAAGCUCAGUGAUCCGCUAUAUCUCGUCUAGCUCUUCAUCGGCGAGCAACGUGUACCUUAGAAUAAAGCCAAAUUCCGGAGAAACUAACCAAGAAAUCUAUACAGUGGUCGGUUCAACGACGCUUCUCGUGAAGAAAGGAGAAAACUUGGAUAAGAGAUAUGGGUUCACACGAAUUUUCGACUCGGAUACUUCUCAAGCGGACCUGUUUUAUCACAGCAUAAGGCACCAAGUGAUCCACUUCCUCCUCGGUAAAGACUCGACUAUCUUGACCUACGGUGUGUCGAAUUCUGGGAAAACGUACACCCUAUACGGGACACCGGAAUCACCAGGUGUCAUCCCGCGUACCAUCGAGCUCUUGUUCUCCUCCGUCAACUGCACCCUAGCUCCCUGGUACAAGAUCACAGACGACAAUCGAAUCGUCACCCUGAACGAGUUUGAACGAACACGCGAACUGCACAGCAAAACCGAUCUACUGAACCCAAAAGUAAUCACCAAGGACGAGUACACGCAGGCUCGACUGUCCCUGAACAACACGAAUCCUCAACUUGCAGAGCAAGAAGAGCAAGAGUACUGGGGCGAUGAGUGCAUGUCUUCCGUGUGGAUAUCAGUCGCAGAAAUCUACAACGACAAUGUUUAUGAUCUCCUGAACGUCAACGAUCAAGAAAGAAGACCUCUCAAAGUGACGACUGGAAGGGAUGGAUCGACCUACGUGAACUGUUUGAAGUUCCUGCCAAUUACCACAGCUUUGGAAGCCUGUCAGUUGCUCAUCUUCGUCCAGUCGAGGAUGACAGUGGCCCAGACAGCGAUGAACGUCGCAAACUCGCAAUCUCACACGUUACUGACGCUGAAGUUGCUCAAGUACGAGGAGGAGAACGCCCCGGACAAAGUCAGAGUCAGCACGUUGACAUUUUGCGACGUGGCUGGUUCCAGACGGUUUAAGACUAGGGAAGAAACAGGAGCCAGGUUACUGGAGUCGAAAAAUAUAAACAACAGUUUGGUGGUGCUGGGAAGAUGUCUCAAGAAUCUUCGCAGUAGCCAUUUGUCCGGUGAUCACGUAGCUGGACCGUUUCGGGAGUCGAAAUUAACCAGGAUCCUCCAGAGGGUGCUGUCAGGUCGGGAGAUGGUCAGCUUUAUCGUCACUAUCGACACUACCAGCGAGACAUUCCCGGAAACCUUGAGCGUUCUAAAUUUCUCGACGAUGGCGAGGAGAUUAGGCAACGAGUCUAGAGUGUCGAGACGAAACACGGUCUCCACGAUCACUCCGCUGAGUUCAAAGUCGUCCACGAUGACUUCUGUUACACAGAGUCCAAGGAAAACUCUCACGAUCGAUGUGGAUGAAUACGAGAGUCUUAAACAGCACAACAGGAAGCUGAUGGAGGAGCUACGAGCUGUCAAAGCUGCCAAUUCUACGAAGCAGGCUAAGUCCACGAAGAUGUUCAAGGAAACACAGUCGGAGAGCUCGUACUUCGAUUAUAGGAAGUUGGAGGAAGAAAAUGAGAAAUUGAAGAAUCGCGUGGAAACUUUGGAACGUGAUAAUUUGAAUCGCGAAUUGGACGUGAGACAAGAGUUGAUGGAUCAAUACUCAGCAACUAUCGAGGAACUAGAGUCUUCGUGGAAGAAGCGUGCAAAGGAUAUCGAGGAUAAAGGUCAAGAUUUAUUAAAGUGGUCCGUGGAUCAAGUCGAGACGUUCUACAAGGAACGUAUCGAUAGUUUAAUAUACAACAAGAAACGCAAGAGGAACGACAACGACAACGCUGAUGGCAUUCGAUUGAUCUACGAGGAGCUCGAAACGGAGAACGCGUUGAUCACGUCGAAGGUGGUGGUUUUGAGGGAAAUGGUGCAGAGCUUGAGGACCGAGAACGAACUGCUGAGCACGGAUAGGAAUAAAUGCAACUUCGAAUUGACGCUGAUCAGGAAGAAACUGAAAGCUUUUCACGAUCUACUCCGACUUCGCUUCCCCGAAUUAUUCUUGAAGGUGCACGAUAACACGAACGACGUUAGUUGGCUCAUUCACGAACUGAAGCGUAUGUUCGAUGAGAAGGUGGAAAAUAUUCAGGUUUUGGAGAAGGACCUGAGUCGGGCCACGGACGACUACGUGAAAAUGGCGACGAAAUCAAUAGAGAUGGAGAAGGAGUUAUGCAACACGAAGAUCAGCCUGCAAGAGACGUUGAAUAAAACGAAAGAUUUCGAGACCGAUAUACGAGAGAAAACGAAUCGUAUACACGGCUUGCAAUUUCAAUUACAGUUACUGAGAAAGGAGCUGGUAGAUGUACGCGAAUGCGAGAUCGAUUACGGUACGUCGAAAAGUAGUCGAAAAGGGAACAUCCAGAGCUUAGCUCGGAAUUAUUAUCCAGGUUACAGUGACGAAUUCUUCGGUAACGAUAACGUCGAUAACACGGAAUUAACGCAGGCUCGCGUAGACAUCAAAGCGGAACAUUAUUUUAAUCAUGCCGAUACAAAUUCGCUGAAAAAAGUGUAUAUGCACACCGUGGAUACCGACAUAGAUCGACACACCAUCAGAUCCAGCGACAGUGGCAACGCGAAGGAAGACUCGGGGAUUGAUUUCAGCUGCAGAAGCCAGAUAUCGAUCAGCAUCAAUGGUGGUUCGAGCAUCAAGGAGGUGAAAGAAAAUUGUACGCAAACCACUUCCCAGUUACCAGAUAACACCGAUACCAAUGACACGCGUGAAAGAAUAGAACAGACCGAGUCGACAAUAGACCUGGUCAGUUCAGAAGAGUACACCAAAAAGGAAAGAGAAGUGUUACUUAGCAAAGGACUGUCUUCCCAGAUGAAUGACACGAGAUCACAUGUCUUGAAGAGAAUCGCGGAUUUCAAUAAAUCCGAAACAGCAAGGUGCACUAGCAAGCUGCUGACCUUCCAAGUCAAAAUGGAGGAACUGAAAAAGGAAAACGAGAAAUUGAGAAAAUUGAUCGAGAUAGACUCGCAGAAGUACAAUGAACGUAUCAAAGAGUUGACCGAUGAGCUACUGCUUAAGGAGGAAGACGAUAUCCGUAACCUGAAGCAGCUGGAAGGUUGUCUGGAGAAGUGUGCCUAUCUCGAGAAUCAAUUGUCCGUGCUGCAUCUGGUUCACGAGGAGACGGUGAGAUCGUUGACGAAUCGAAGAGUAGAGCGAGGCACGCAGGUCGAAAAAUUGGAAAUGGAACCGUCGAUGGAAAGUUUGCAGGCGGAAGAGACAGGCGGCGAGGUGGCAGAGGCGCGAAGCGAUCUGUUCAGAGUGCAGCAGCUGCAGGAGAAGGUUAACGGGCUCGAAACUGUUCUCGAAAAGUGCCGAGAGGAGAAGAACAAUUAUCGUGAACGAUUGCAAGAACACUUAGAGAUGCAGUCGAUGCUGGAAAUGAAACUGAAGUGGCUGUCGACGGAAGUUCGGAACAGAGAUGACGAGCUGAUCUGUCUGAAAGCGGAAGUCGACAACAUGGUGCUGGCGAAUAACUCGAACAAUGAAAGCGUAAAAAGCUUGAGCGAGGAGAUCGUUCGAUCGAGUGACUCCGUGAAUUGUAUGAACGAGAAACUGACGUUUUUGGAAGAAACACGACAGAGGCUGGAAGAGACGUUGGAAAGUAAAAUCCUCGAGUCCCGAUUGAGUUCUGGGUACCUGGUAAAGGAUACCGCUUCGUUGAACAAAGUUGACGAGGAGGAAAAAGAGAAAGAAGUAGAAAGUUGCGAUCUGAAAUUGAGGUUAUGCGAGAACGAGCGAGAGAUGGUCUCGCUGAAGAAACAUCGGAAUGAUAUGAUAAAGAAAUACGAAUGCAUGGUGCAGCACUUACGAAUCCAGGUUGAGAAAAAGAAGGAGCAAAUGAUUAAAUUGCAGAAAUUACUUUUGUCCAAUUUCACGUGGAGGUAUCGAAAGUUGGCUGGUAGGAGGAGUGACAAGUCUACGACUUUUCAACUACAAAAGCUAGCUAAUUAUAGUAAUCGAGAUUGGAAGCUGCCUAUUGUUAAUAAAAGUAACGAGGAACGCUCUUUGUCGAUGAUGAAAGGGUCAAUGGAUAGCUCGAGCUACGCCAAUUCCUUAAAUUCGCAAUUUUCCACCAAAAACGCAGGGUCGGAUACAAACAGUGCAUGCGAAACAGAGGCGUCUUUCUCGGUACGUUCAUUAAUUAAAUUAAAGAAAUUUCAUCUGGAAUAUACAAUAUGCAGGAACAUUACGCACAUCCUAUGA